AGUAUUGAAAUUCUUCGGAAUUUGUGUCAAUUUCUAUUUGCUUGCCGAAACAACAACCUCGAAAAUAUUACAAUCAAUUUUCCACCGACUAUGGUGCUUCUACAUGUGAAACGUGGCGACGAGGACCUGUUUCUCUACGAGACCAGUGUCAAUGAAGACACCAAUUCCGUUAUUCGCGACAUAACAGCUAUUUAUAAUGGACGUCUUAAAAUCGAACGUAUCUGUAUGGAAAUGGAGGAACUGGCCUCGCAUGGUACUCUACUGCCCCCGGAAAUGAUGGGCCUUACCGAUGAGCAGGUGGAGGAACUGAAACUCAAAGAUGUUUGGGCAGAGAAGUGUAUACCAUCUGGGGGAUUCGUUUUCAACAAGGACCCCAUUGGACGCCGGAAUGGUCAACAGCCGAAGGAGAAAAUGCAAGAGGUGCUAAGGAAAUCAAUCGGCGAUGCUCGUGCCAUGAUUAACAAAAAAUUGGUAUUGGCUAAAACACCCUUGACCCUGAAGACCAUAGCGGAAGCCUUAAAUAUCUUAAAAGGUGCCGUGACAAUUGUUUAUCCCAUGCAGCUGCCACCACACGACACCAUACGCAUGGAAUUCAGCAACACAGAAGACUUGUCGGGUACCCAGGCCUCUAAGGAAGUUAUUGAGCCGUCAAAGGCCCAAUUAUGGUUUGCUGGACGUUUGAUAUUAAAUGACAAACAAUUGAGCGAUUUUCUUGGACGUCAUGAUAAAACCAAAGUGGUGGUUAAAUUAAAUAGCCAUGGUGAGGGACCUCCCUCUCGGGAACCUGUCAUCACGGAUGAAAUACGUAAACGUAUGAUGGCCGAUGCCUAUCGAAGACAGGAGGAGUUGAAGAAAUUAGAAUUGGACGAAGAUGAUCAUUAUUUGAAUUCCAACUGGGCAGAUGGAGGACAUUUGAAGCGCCAGGUGCACGGCCUGGAAAAUGUUCGUUUCCGUGUCGGUUGAAGGAGGAGGGAAAGGACUUGGAAAUGCUUUAUCACUCAGAUGUUGUGUUGUAAUUAAAAAUUCAUAAUUUUUCUCUGUCAAUUCUUUUUUUUUUUUGUGAUUUCAAAGAUAACAAAAUCAAACUAAUAAUAUUUGGAAUUUAUUUUGAAAAUCAAAAGUUUUGUAAAAACAUCUUCACUUACUGCGAUGGCAUACGAUCUAGAAUAUACCCAGUGAUUGAAAUCGUGAUGGCAUCAUAAACUUUACUGACUUCAAACACUGCUUGCACCACUAUAUAAACGCCGAACAAUAUUCGAUUAACAGCAGGUCAAGUUACCUUCUGUAGCGAAAAUGAAAUCAAUCAUCGUUUUGGGCGUUGUACUAGCCUUUGUUGCCUCAUCCUAUGGCGGUUCUGAUAAUCCAGACGCCGUACUUGCCCUUCAAAAUGUGAAAGACUCCGUUCUUGUUGUUAUUGUAGAAGGUCAGCUUAAGGCUGCCGUCGAAACUACGGAUACAGUAACCAUCAAUAACCUCUACAAGCAGCUGCUGAAGGGCAAGAAAUACGAUACUUCACUGGUAGAAUUUACCGCCAAGGAAAAGACAAAUACCAUAAACAAAGUGGUGACGGCCAAGAAGCUCGAUGGCAAAAAUCAUGUGAUCUUAUUCUACGAGAAGGAACUUGGCUACGUUGGUCUUGCCGAAAUUGUCUUUAAAUUAUUGGGAACAGUGGGAUUGCUGGCCAAAGAACUUCUCACAGAAUUGUAUAAACUUGUCGGUUGAACUUUGAUAUGGAAACACUUUCAAAUUUCCCAAAAAUUAUUUACCUUAAAUGGAUAAUAAUGUUAUGUAUUUAAUGAUAAUCAAUAUAAAUUUGUUUAGUUUAAAAUAAAUCUAUAAAACGCAAACCAAUAGU